AUGUCAGUGAAGAAACUACAGAGUAAACCCACAGAAGAUGUGCAACACAACCUGUCAGACGAUGUCCUGCUGAGAAUCAUGAAUGGUCAUAAAACCACCCUAAAACACAAGUAUGAGCGCUUGUAUGAAGGUGUCGCACUGAAAGAAAACCAAACCCUCCUCAACAGCAUUUACACAGAGCUCUACAUCACAGAGGGAGAGAGUGAAGGAGUGAAUGAGAAACAUGAGGUUUUACAGAUUGAAACAGCAUCCAGGACACGGGCUUCUCAAGACAAAUUAAUCAACUGCAAUGACAUCUUCAAACCCUUGUCAACCAACAGAUCUAAAGAGGACAAAAAAUCUUUGUCUUCUCAGGAGCCUGGAAGGGACAGACAAAAGCCAGAGAUCAGAACUGUACUCACCAAGGGCGUCGCUGGCAUUGGAAAAACAGUGUCCGUGCAGAAGUUCAUUCUGGACUGGGCAGAAGGAAGAACCAAUCAGGACAUUGAUUUCAUGUUGGUUCUUCCUUUUCGGGAACUGAACUUAAUUAAAGGUGAACAGUUCAGUCUUCAUGGACUCCUGCUAGAGUUUCACCCAGAGCUCAGAAAUUUGGAUCCAAAGAAAUAUAAUGAUUGUAAAAUACUGUUCAUUUUUGAUGGUUUUGAUGAGAGUCAACUUCAGUUGGAUUUUUCUGAGACUCUGUGUGAUGUGACCAUGAUAUCAUCAGUGAACAAACUGAUAUCAAACCUCAUCAAAGGAAAUCUUCUUCCCUCUGCGCUCAUCUGGAUAACCUCCAGACCAGCAGCAGCCAAUCAGAUCCCCUCUCAGUUCAUCAGUCGUGUGACAGAAGUCCAAGGAUUCAGUGAUUCACAGAAAGAGGAAUACUUCAGAAAAAGAGUCAGAGAUGAGACUCAAGCCAACAGAAUCAUCUCACACAUCAAAACAUUAGCAAGUCUUCACAUCAUGUGUCGCAUCCCAGUGUUCUGUUGCAUUUCAGCCACUGUGCUUCAGGAAAUGCUGCGUCAAGACAAUGUAAAAGAGAUCCCUAAAACUCUGACUGAGAUGUACACACACUUCCUGCUCACUCAGACUAAAAUGAAGAACCAGAAGUAUGGUGAAACAGACUCAAAGACUCUUCUGGAAUCAAGCAAGGAGAUCUUACUGAAACUUGCUAAGCUGGCUUUUAAUCAGUUGCCGACGGGCAACAUCAUGUUUUAUGAUGAGGAUCUGAGAGAAUGUGGCAUUGAUGUGAGUGAGGCCACAGUGUACUCUGGGAUUUGUACUGAGAUCUUUAAGGAGGAAGCUGUGCUUCGUCAGAAGAAGGUCUACUGCUUUGUGCAUCUGAGUGUUCAAGAGUUCUUUGCUGCUCUCUAUGUCUUUUACUGCUAUGUAAACAAGAACAUGGAGGCACUGAAGUUGGAGUAUUUUGUCGGGGUAAUGAGAGGUUUGCAGUCCUUGGAUAAGUUACUGAAGGGGGCUGUGGAAAAAUCUUUGGAGAAUAAGACUGGACGUCUCGAUCUGUUUGUUCGCUUCCUUCUUGGCAUCUCACUGGAAUCCAACCAGAAACUCCUGCAAGGCCUGCUGACACACACACAGAACAACCAAAACAGCAUUAAGAAAAUAAGCCAUUAUAUCAAAAAAUUAAAUAAAGAUGGUGUCCCACCUGAGAGAUGGAUCAAUCUACUGCACUGCUUGACAGAGGUGAAUGAUCACUCUCUCCAUAAAGAAAUUGAAGCUUUUGUCAAGUCUGAAAAUUACAGAACUGAACUGUCACUUGCACACUGCACAGCACUGGCCUACAUGUUUCUGGCGGCAGAGGAGGUGCUGGAUGAGUUUGACCUAAAGAAAUACAACACAUCAGAUGAGGGUCAUAGGAGACUGCUCCCAGCUGUGAGGCGUUGCAGAAAAGCUCUACUCAGAGACUAUAAAAUCACUCAGCAGUUCUGUGAAAUUAUCGCCUCAUCUCUGAAGUUUGCGAACUGCACCCUGAGAGAACUGGACCUGAGUAACGCUGGUCUUCAGGAUUCAGGAGUGACGAUACUCUGUGCUGCACUAAAGAAUCCAAACUGUCAGCUGGAAAUACUGAGACUUGCUCUCUGUAAUCUGACUGAGCAGUCCUGUUCAUCUGUAGCCUCAGUUCUACAGUCAGUAAACUGUCCCCUGAAUGAACUGGACCUGAGUAACAAUGACCUUCAGGAUUCAGGAGUGAAGUUGCUCUGUGUUGGACUGAAGAAUCCACACUGUAAACUGGAGAUACUCAGGUUGUCUGGCUGUUUAGUGACAGAGGAAGGCUGUUCUGUUCUGGCUUCAGCCCUGAGAUCAAAUCCCUCACACCUGAGAGAGCUGGACCUGAGCUACAAUCAUCCAGCAGACUCAGGAGUGAAGCUGCUCUCUACACAGAUGGAUCAACACUGUCAGCUUAAUGUGGACCAUGGAGGAGAAUUCAGGAUCAAACCAGGGUUACAGAAAUAUGCCUGUGAUCUCACAAUGGACCGAAACACAGUAAACACAGAACUCACUCUGUCUAAGGGGAAGAGAAAGGUGACACAUGUGAGAGAGAAUCAGUGGCAUCUUAAUCAUCCAGAUAGAUAUGAUUACUGGUAUCAGGUCAUGUGUGGAGAGGAACUGACUGGACGCUGUUACUGGGAGACUGAGUUGACUGGAGAUGCUGUUAUAUCAGUGACAUAUAAAGGAAUGUGGAGGAAAGGACGGAAUGAUGACUGUGAGUUUGGAGACAAUGAUAAGUCCUGGAAUCUGAUCUGCUCUGGGAACAGCUAUUCUGCCUGUCACAAUCAUCAGAGAACUGUCACUCCUGCCCUCCGCUCACGCACACACAGAGUAGGAGUGUAUCUGGACUGGUCUUCUGGAACUGUGUCCUUCUACAACGUCUCCUCUGACACACACACACUCACACACAUACACACAUUCCACUGCACAUUCACUGAACCCCUCUAUGCAGGGUUUUAUGUUUUUUAUGGCUCCUCAGUGUCUCUGUGUCAGAUAUGA